AUGGGUGAGAAAGACAUAAAUGAGAAAAGGAUACUAAGUUCACGUCAUUUACCUGUCAUUCACUUAUCUCUUGGCUGUUUUACCAACAAUCUUGAUCUUUAUAGCUCACCACCACUCAAUAUGAGAGAUACCUUUAUCUGUUACUUGUCUCCUGAUAUCAUCAAACCACAAGAUUUUCCUAUAAUAUGUAGGGACAUUCUAUUGGAGUAUGGGAAACACAUAAUGAAACGGGGGACUUUGCUGUUUGAAUUGUUAUCAGAAGCUUUAGGUUUGAAUCCUAACCAUUUGAAAGACAUGGGAUGUGCUGAAGGGCUUGUUGCUCUUGGCCAUUAUUAUCCUGCUUCUCCUGAACCACAUUUGACUAUGGGAACCACCAAGCACUCUGACAAUGAUUUCCUCACAGUGCUUCUUCAAGACCAUGUUGGUGGCCUCCAAGUACUUUACCAAAAUAAGUGGAUUCAUAUCACACCUAUUCCUGGGGCUCUAGUAGUCAAUAUUGGUGAUCUUCUGCAGCUGAUAACAAAUGAUAGAUUCAAGAGUGUUGAACACAGAGUAACAGCCAAUCAUGUUGGUCCAAGAAUAUCUGUUGCAUGCUUUUUUUGCACUGGUGUGAUGGCAUCCACAAAGCCUUAUGGGCCUAUAAAGCAAUUGUUAUCAGAAGAUAAUCCCCCAAAAUACAGGGAAACAACAGUUGCUGACUACGUAGCCUACUUUGAUGCAAAAGGACUUGAUGGCACCAGUGCUCUAACACAUUACAGGAUUUGA